CUGCAGGGUCUUAGAGGCUGUGCAGCUUCCGAACCACACAGUGAUUCAGCUGCUGAGGAAGCCCUCGAUGGCGCCUCAGUACAGGUACAUGACGUAGAGGCACUGCUGGACUUUCUUGGCGAGCGGCGUGGUGUUGUUCCUGCAGGAGAGGAACCCCCAGGAAUUUGGUGCUGCUCAUCUGCUCCACAGCAGCACCAUCGAUGAAGUCGGGCUGCUUCAAAGUCAACAGCUGUAAAUGCAUCAUGAAGGACGGGAGCGGGGUGAUAAACCUGAAGGCCAUGGGGGAUGCCGAUGGUUUCCUGGGGCGUUUGGAGCGACUCCCAGCCGCGAAGAUGUCAGCGGGUGUAGAGAUGCUUGUGUCCUUCAGCCCCUGCCUGCCCUUCUCUCAGCCAGAGGACCAGCCGGGGGGGAAUUGCUCCAACGUCGCUGCAUGUGUCGCCAUCAGGUCUCACAAGCUGGACAGAUACAUUAGUCAACAUAUCUGCUAUGGAAGACACGAGGGGAAUGAGUUCCACUACAACGACUCCCUGAAGACGCUGUCUGUCUCCUACUUUGUUCAUGACGAACGGCCCCUCACAGUGGUGCAUUACCACUGCAAUCCAGAACAGUCCUUCUCUUCCAUCCGUGAGCAGAGCCUGGCCGCUGAGGGGCCCCUGCACAUCUGGGUGGAGAGCCCCUGUGCCUGUCCAAACGCCUGUGCCAUAGGGGAUUUGGGUCUGGGCACCAUCUUCCUCAUCAUCCUCGGCAUCAGUGCAGCUGCAUACUUCAUCCUGGGCUCCUGUGCUCUGAGGCCUUUCCGGAGCAGCAGUGGGGUGCAGAUGUCUCCGGAGCACAGUGUGUGGUGCAUGCUGUGCUACCUGUGCACUGAGAGCAGGCCAGCCCCCGGACCCUACACACAACUGCCACAGUGAGCAGGCAGCUGCAGGGGUGGGGGUGGGGGAUCACUGCAGGACAUCUCUGACCUGAAGGUGUCCCUUGGAGGACCGUUAGUCAGCAGGAUGUAUUGGACUUUUGGCUCAAAGUAACAGGUUUAAAACUGAAGCGCUGGACCUCCUGUGAACAUGACACCCCUUAGCUGAUAAGAAAACAAACUUUCCACAAAUACCUGAAACAAUUGAUUGAAUGGAUUCACUGUAGUGCAAAAACUAAUACAUUAAUGUUUGUAGCACAUGAAAACACUUUAUUGUAAUCCUAAGAAAAAAUAUGUAUUUAGUAUAGAAAACAUGUGCAAAGGCCACAGGUAUUAACUAGAAAAACAGUUGUUUGUCAUGACGCCUGUAGGCACUUUUUUUAUGUCAAAGUGAGGCAUACUGUAUAUGGUGUAGUUCAGGUAUGACAUCUGUGACUGUUUAAAACCUCUUCACACUGACAAAUCAAGGCUUUAUUAGGCCAUAAAUGACACAGAAUCCAACCAAAUGAAGCUUUCAUUUCU